AUGAGCAACAAGAUUUAAAAUUAGUACGAUAAUUUUGAAGCUUUUGAGCAUUACUCAAAAAGCUAGGUACAAUUAUUUGAUUAGAGUCUUUUUAGUAAUUUUUAAUUGCUUUUAGAAUGGAAGAAGCAUUAUUUGAAAUUGAUAAUGCUUUGAAUCUUGAUCCUAAAUUUGCAGAAGCCUACACUUUAAGAAGUUAAAUCUUUUAAAUAUAAAUUUAGGUGAAAUAUAUGAAAAAAUGAAUGUAUAUGAUAAAGCAUUGGAAGAUGUGAAUUUUAGCAUAUCUUUAAAAAAUAAUGAAGCCGAAAGUUAUUAUUAAAGAGGUAAAAAUUCAAUCUUAUAAUUGCAACAAUUUAUUGGAGAAAAUAAUUAUUUGACCAAGCAUUGUAAGAUUGUAUGAA